AUGGCGGUGGGGGACCCAUCUGGGCGGCCAACCCUGAACUUCUUGCUGUUGGCUGUGGCGGUGACUUUCUUGGGCUCGGCCCUGUCCGUAGAUGAAGUACGGACCCACCUGUCGAUGAAGGAGGAGAUGAUGAGGCUAGGCGGGCAGCUGGUGCUGAGCACCCAGGAGGAGCAGGCCAACGAGAAGCUCAUGGCCAUCAAAAUAGCCGAGAUGACCGAGGCCAUGGAGACCCUCAUGUUCCCGCCCAGCAUGCACUUCUUCCGGGCCAAGCGUCUCAUCGAGAAAAGUCAGGUGUUUAAUAUCCUGAGGAUGAUGCCAAAAGGGGCUGCCUUACACCUCCAUGACUUCGGCAUCGUGAAUAUGGACUGGCUGGUGAAGAACGUCACCUACAGGCCCCACUGCCACAUCUGUUUCACUCCACGGGGCACCAUGCAGUUCAAGUUUGCUCACCCAACUCCUGCCACCCUGAUGACAGAAGAAUGUUCAAAGUGGAUUUUGCUGGAAGAUUAUCGGAAGCAGGUGCAGAAUGUCACUGAGUUUGACAACAGCCUGCUGAGGAAUUUCACUCUGAUGACCCAGGACCCCGAGGUGACUUACGUAGACCAAAAUGUCGUCUGGUCGAAGUUCGAAACCAUCUUCUUCACCAUCUCUGGCCUUGUCCACUAUGCGCCAGUGUUCAGAGACUACGUCUUCCGGAGCCUGGAGGAGUUCUACAAGGACAACGUGCUCUACAUGGAGAUCAGAGCCAUGCUGCUGCCGGUGUACGAGCUGAACGGGGAGAUCCACGACAAGGACUGGUCAGUGAAGACCUACAAGGACGUGGCUCAGAUGUUCGUGAAAAGUCACCCGGAGUUUAUUGGAAUCAAAAUCAUUUACUCGGAUCACAGAUCCAAAGACGUGUCUCUCAUCAAGGAAUCCGUCCGAACAGCCAUGGACCUUCGAACCAAGUUCCCCAACAUGGUGGCAGGGUUUGACCUGGUGGGGCAUGAGGACACUGGCCACUCCCUGUUUGAUUACAAGGAGGCUCUGAUGAUUCCUGUCAAGCAGGGUGUCAAACUACCCUACUUCUUCCACGCCGGAGAGACGGACUGGCACGGCACUUCCGUAGACAAAAACCUUCUGGAUGCCGUAAUACUGAACACUACCAGAAUUGGCCACGGCUUUGCUCUGAGCAAACACCCGGCAGUGAGGGCUUUCUCCCAGAAAAAGGACAUCCCCAUAGAAGUCUGUCCCAUCUCCAACCAGGUCCUGAAAUUGGUGUCUGACUUGAGAAACCACCCUGUGGCCACUCUGAUGGCCAUCGGGCAACCCAUGGUGAUCAGCUCUGACGACCCAGCCGUCUUCGGUGCCAGAGGCUUGUCCUAUGACUUCUACGAGGCCUUCAUGGGCAUUGGGGGGAUGAAGGCCGACCUGCGGACCCUCAAACAGCUGGCCAUGAACUCCAUCAGGUACAGCGUCCUGUCCGAGGACAAGAAAACUGCUUUCAUGGAAAUCUGGGAGAAGCGAUGGAAAAAGUUCGUAGCUGACGUGGUUGCACAGUGAGGAGAAGACGGCCACGCUCCACGCACCCCCAACCCCCGGCACAUCAGUGGCCUCCGUGUUGACUGACCCGUCAGAAACUCUAGGCCAGCUGACCAAAUUCCCCUCUGGGAACGUUCUCCUCUCUCAGCCGCAGUGACAUCAGCCCCCUUGGCUUCCUCCUCUCUCUGGCCGUGGCUACGGUUGCUUCUCUUUCCCAGCUCCUCCUCCUCUGGGCUCUGUGUUGCGUCCGUCCCGGGGCGCAGUCCUGGGCUGGCUCCCGGUGCCGUCUGUCUCCUCUCCUCUUGUCUCUCUGCUCUCUGCACUCUGCACUCUUUUCCUAGGCAGUCUCAUCCACUUCUUUGCUUCUAAAUACCAUUUGUUUGUUGAUGAUCUCCAAAUUUAUUCAUUCACUUAGGGAGCUCACAGGAGUCUCAGAAACCAAGCAUGUGCAACUGUGAACUUGCAACCCUUCCCUUUCGCCCUUCCCCUGGCCUCCCCCACCUUGGUAAACCGUACCUGGUCACCUGGUCGCUCAGAGCAGCUGCUCUGCCCUGCUCCCUACACGGAAAUGUACCUGGAGUCCACCUGUGCCUUCCACCUCCACUGCUGUCAGCAAGUCCAGGCCGCUGUCACCUCUGGCCUGAGUUAUGGCCUUCGCCUCCUAACUGAUAUCCCCUUUCUUCUCUUUGUUUCUUCCAGUUCGUUUUUCAUAGAGCAGAAUGACUGUUGGGAAGUUAAUCAGGUUACUCCCCUGCUUACAACCAGUGUGUUUAGAAUAAAACCCGAACGAACGUCUCCGCAGGGCGUGCGGCAUCCUGUUUAACCUGGAUCCCUCCCAGCGCCGCCCUGCCCCAGGCUCCCCAGGGCCCCUGGCCCUGUCCACACUGGCCCUUUGUUCCCGUAGUGUCCUGAGCUCUACCCUGUACCAGGGCCUUUCUCAUUCUCCUUACCUGGAACAUUCUUUCCUUUGUCUACUUCACUCCUGUUUACCCUGUAAGUUUCAGGUUCACGUCACCGUCUCAGAGAGGUUUUCUCAGCCCCCUGCCCUGUUACUCUCUCUCCCGGCCCCUUGCUCUUUUCCUUCAUGACUCCAAUCACAGUUUAUAAUCAUAUAUUUAUUUCCAUGUUUACGGUCCCACCCCGCCAGACUGUAAGCCCCAUGUGGGCAGGCACUAAUGAUCGUUUCUGAUUGUUUCACACGUGCAAACCCGGAGCCUAGCCCCAAACCUCGUUAGUACUCAA